CUCCGUGGACUUGCAGAUGCCGUCAGUCCACCUAUAUGUGAGCUUCCUUUGCAGCGGUACCGUGUAGGGGUGAUAACGGAUCAUGACCGUAAUGCUUUCUUGACGAUCCAACUUGAUCCUUAUAAAUUUUUCGUUUAAAAUUGAAUAAAAUUAGAGCCCGUUUCUUUUAGAGUCUGGCAUUUAUAUUUCAAGAUCCUUUACCAUCCUGUACUGAACCUACCAACUGGGCAUAGAAUUAUACGUCAGGGCUAUUUGUCUCUAGUGAAUGUCUCUACAUUUUUCAGACGUAGAACCCCGGCCCAAGAGAUCUUUUUGGAUCUUUUUAUGCGUGUUAGAUUUUAAUUUCACGUAGUCAAAUGAUUUUGUAAGCCAGUAGUAACAAAGAAACUUCUUUUAAUUCAGUUGGAGUUUGAACAGGCCAAUGCCAAACAAAACUGCACGAGACAAACAACGGUAAAAACUGUAGCUAGUGACAAGACGCUAUGGGCGACGACGACGAUAGGGAAAAUCGGGUAGCACCACUGCUCCGUCCUUCCACAGUUCCACCUGCGAAAGCUAGACCAGGAAGGUCCACGGGCGCAGAGAGACACGAUGCCACUCCCGGUCCCGGCCCCCAUGGCCGGGCCCCUCCCCCGUGAGCGACGUUAAAUUGGCGCUAUCGCGCGGCGUCCACCUCCAUUACUGCCCCCUCCUUCCUCACCGCUCCCCAGAUUGGCAGUAGUAGAUUUUACCAGCUUGUAGCCAGCCGGCCGGGGUGAUCGCGCGGGCAGGCAGCGCAGCCAUGGGAAAGAAGCACGCCGCAGGUAGCGGCGGCGGCUGGUUCGCCGUCGUCAGGAAGGUGUUCCGGCCGUCGUCGUCGUCCUCCGCCACCACCUCAAAGGACAAGGACGCCGUGCAACACGGGAAACAGCAGGACGGUGCCGGCGAGGAGGCGGAGGCGGCCGCGGCCGGCGGGGGCGAGGAGCCGGAGGUGCUGCUGCUGGAGCACUUCCCGGCGUCCGAGACGUCCGCGGAGGCGAGCAACGAGGGCGGCGACGCGGAGUUGCUGGCGCCGCCGGUGCGGAAGGCGGAGUACCACCGUGGGGCGGGUGGUGGACUGCGGGAGCACGAGGCGGCCGACGACGACGACGACGACAUGGUGGUCCGACUGGCGGCGCUCCGGCGCCUGUCGCGGGAGGAGCGCGCCGCCGUGCGCAUCCAGGCCUACUACCGCGGGUACCUGGCCCGGCGAGCCCUGCGCGCGCUGCGCGGCCUGGUGCGUCUCCAGGCGCUGGUGCGCGGCCACCAGGUGCGGCGGCAGGUGCACCUCACCAUGCGCUGCAUGCAGGCCCUCGUCCGCGCCCAGGCCCGCGUCCGGGCGCGUCGCCUCACCGAGCUCCCGCUCCUCCUCCUCCCGCCGCCGACCCCUCCGGCCAUCCGCCCCUCCCUUUCCCUUCUCGGAGCACGACGCCAUCACCACCAGCCGUGCCUCGACCUGGCGUUGGUGGGCGACCACCAGGACGCCCGCGACGACGGCGAGGUAGCCGAGGACCUGCUGCAGCAGCAGCGAAGCAGGAGCAGAGGAAGGCUGCGCCGAGGCGACGACGAUAACGGCGGCGGGAGGAGCCCUUCCGCCGGCUGGGACGCCAGCAGCCGCACACUGGAGGAUGCCAGGGCCGAGGGCGCCCGCCGGCACGACGCCGCCGCGCGGCGGGAGCGGGCGCUCUCCUACGCCUACGCCUACCAGCAGCGGCAGUGGCAUCGGCAGGAGGACGAGAAGGCCGGCCUGGGCUUCCACUGGCUGGAGCGCUGGAUGGCGGCCACGCAGCCGCAGCGGCGGCAGGACGCGCCCGACCACGCCAAGACGACGUACCAGGGCGCCGCCGCCAGGACGGCGUCCUACGUGACGGCGGCCGCUGCUCUCCCCGGCGGCAUGCCCGAGAAGACGGUGGAGGUGGACACGUCGUUGCGGAGCCCGCUGAACCAGGCCGUGCACGGGCGGCCGCCGGCGAUCCCAGGCUACAUGGCCGCGACGAGGUCGGCGCGCGCCAAGGCGCGCCCCGCGCCGCCGCCGCCGGCUACGCCGACGCACGGCCGGAGCCCUUCUGGCGGCGGGAUCGCCGGAGACUCGUCUAGCUCGGGGCAGAGCGCGGGGCAGAACAGCGGCGCAAUCGCCGGGUACAGCCCGGACUGGAGCUGCACAGGGGACUGGACGCCGCCGCGGCUCGGCGUCAGCACGCGCACCAGCAGGGUGGCCUAUACCUGAGCUUGACCUGAGCAUGGCAUUGACAAAGUCCAGUGCAUCGUCAUGAGCGUGGUUGAGAUGUGUUCGCGACUCAUUUUUGAAUGUUUUUGUUGUUCACAAUGUGUAUAGCGUACUAUGUUUGCGGCCAAUGCCUCUGUAAACGCCCGUAUACUUGGGCAAAGGAUUGCGAAUAAAGACUCAAGAGUUCUAAAUA